AAAAAAAAAAAAAAAAAAAAAAAUAGGAUCCUUCCCCCGCAGCUUCCCCGCCCUCUCCGCUUCCCCGCUUAAUUAAAGCAGCGCUUAAUGAGAGCCCGGCUCCGCCCGCUCCGGCUCCGAGCGGCGGCGGAGGAGCUGCGGAACGGCACCGGGAACCUGGAACGGCCCCGGAACGGCCUCUGGAAACCGGGAACAGCUCCUGGAUCCCCUGGAAUAGCCCCGGAACGGCCCCGGGAAAUCUGGAACGGCCACGGAACGGCCCCCGGGAACCGGGAACAGCUCCUGGAUCCCCUGGAAUAGCCCCGGAACGGCCCCUGGAAACCUGGAACGGCCCUGGAACGGCCCCGGGAAACCUGGAAUAGCCCCGGAACGGCCCCGGAAAGGCCCCUGGAAACCUGGAACAGCCACGGAAUAGCUCUGGAAUAGCCCCGGGAUCCUUGGAAUAGCCCCGGAACAGCCUCAGGAUCCCUGGAAUAGCCUCUGGAUCCCCUGGAACAGCUCCUGGAACAGCCCCAGGAUCCCCGGAACAGCUCCUGGAUCCCCUGGAACAGCUCCUGGAUCCCUGGAAUAGCCCCGGAGCAGCUCCCGGAUCCCGGCCCGGCGCUUUCCCCGUGUUUUUUUCCUGCGUACCGGAGAAUCCUCGGAUUUGCGAAUGCCCUGAUCGCCGAACCGCCGGAUUCCUGAAUUCCCGGAUUCCCUGAAUCCCGACCCCCUGAAUUCCCAAUUCCCGACCCCCUGAAUUCCCAAUCCCCAUUCCCGACCUCCCGGCCCGAUCGGACUCCGACCCCAUCCCGAGUUUCCUGCGCCGCUUCCCGGCAGGCGCGGCCCGGGAGGAGCCGCUGUUGAUUUUUCCCCGGAUUUUGGCUUUUUCCGCGGAUUUUUUGUCACCGGGGUGUGGCCCCGGCGCUUCCUCAUCCUCCAGCUUCCCUCCGGAACCGUCCCGAGCCCCGAAUCCGGGAUUUUCCUGGGCAUGGAACUGUCCCCGCUGCGCUGCCCCCGGCCCGGAGCCUGCGCUGGACUCUCCAGGCUGUCCUGAGGCCGGCCCCUCUGGCCACCAUGUCCACCAAGGUGCCCAUCUACCUGAAGAGAGGCAGCAGGAAGGGCAAGAAGGAGAAGCUGCGGGACAUCCUCUCGUCGGACAUGAUCAGCCCCCCGCUGGGGGAUUUCCGCCACACCAUCCACAUCGGCAGCGGCGGCCAGAGCGACUCCUUCGGGGACAUCUCCUUCCUGCAGGGCAAGUUCCACCUGCUGCCCCGCGGCAGCGCCGAGCCGGCGGCGCCGGAGCCCUUCGAGUUCGCCCGCGCGGCCACCAUGGCGGGCGGCGAGGUGGCCGCGGUGCCGUCGCCGCUGCUCAAGAACGCCAUUUCCCUGCCCGCGCUCGGCGGCGCCCAGGCGCUCACCCUGCCCGCGGCGCAGGCCCCGCCGAAACCGCCGCGGCUGCACCUGGACGAAACGGCCGCCGCGGCCUCGCCGCCACGUGCUCGGGCCACUGACCUGUCCUUGGGUGACACCGCGGCCUCGCCGCCACGUGCUCGGGCCACUGACCUGUCCUUGGGUGACACCGUGGCCUCGCCGCCGCGUGCUCGGGCCACCAACCUGCCCCUGGAUGAAAUGGCCACUGCACCGCGUGCUCAGGCCACCACCCCGUCCUUGGGUGACACCACGGUCUCGCCACCAUGUGCUUGGGCCACCACCCCGUCCUUGGGUGACACCGCGGCCUCGCCGCCAUGCGCCCGAGCCACCAACGGCGCGGCGUCCCCGCUGGCGUCGCACGCGGGCUCGCUGCUGUCGCUGCACGUGGACCUGGGCCCGUCCAUCCUGGACGAGGUGCUGCAGGUGAUGGAGCGGCACCAGGCCGAGCGCGGCGCCCGGCCGGAGAUCCUGACGUGACCCCGGGGUGGGCACGGUGACUUUGGGGCUGUUCGGACGUGGCUCUGGGAUUGUGGGGUCGGUGUUGGGAUGGAACUCGCUGGGAGCUGUUCCAGCCUCGAGCGGCGCCGGAGCUGAGCGCAGGAAAUGCGACCCGGCCGCGCCCCACGGCAGGAAUUCCCAAAAAUCCCGGGCAGGAGCAUUUGGGGGGACAGCAGGGUUUGUUCUCCUCGGCUCUGAAUCGUCAGGGCGGCGCCGCCUCAGCUUCUGCUCCUUUAAAUGCUUUGGGAGCCCCACAGAUUGGGAAAUCUCUGCUGGGAAAUCUCCACCAGGAAAUCUCCGCCAGGAAAUCUCCACCAGGAAUCUCACUGGGAAAUCUCCACCAGGAUCUCUUCAUCAGGAAUCUCACUGGGAAAUCUCCACUAGGAAAUCUCCACCAGGAAAUCUCACUGGGAAAUCUCCGUGAGGAAAUCUCCACCAGGAACUCUCCAUCAGGAAAUCUCACCUAGAAAUCUCCAUCAGGAAAUCUCACUGGGAAAUCUCCACUAGGAAAUCUCCCCCAGGAAAUCUCUGCUGGGAACUCUCCACUGGGAAAUCUCCACUGGGAAA